AUGGGUGUCAAAGGCGGUUGGAAUCUGUUGAACUCCGUAGAUUCAGUCUCUUUUGUUGACUGGUCCGCUCAGAAGAUCUCCACUGGCGCAGUCCAGGAUCUAGGCCCUCGUAUUGGUGUGGAUGCUAGUGGAUGGAUGUUUGCCGCAAAGUAUCACCAUGGACAGACAAAAAAUCCGGCGCAAGCAUCACUUUUUAAACGACUGGGGCGUCCUUCCAAUAAGCGCAAAAAGGCUGUAAAGAAAACACCGGACUGGUUGGCUGCCGAUUUCAAGAAGCUACUCGUAGGAUUUGGGUUCCCCUUUUGGGAGGCUCCAGGCGAAGCAGAAGCAGAGCUGGCGAAGCUCUCGAGCCUUGGCCGUAUCGAUGCUGUGAUGUCAGAAGAUUUCGACACCAUGGUAUUUGGCACUCAGCGAGUAAUUCGGAUCAAAGACGAAAGUGACUCUAAAUAUCUGAUUGAAGUUUACGAAGCAUCUCGGUUCUCCCGCAAUGAUCUCGUACUAAUCGCAUUACUUGCUGGUGGUGAUUACGACGAUGGAAUCCAGGGAUGCGGGAUUCAAACUGCCGCUGAAAUCACUCGAACAGGCAUCGGAAAAAAAUUAUUUGAUGCCCUCGAAGCAUCUGAAGUCAAUGACUACCCUGCUGUAACUUCUGCGUGGCGUCUAGAUCUCCGUACGAUGUUGGAAGCUAAAGGAGCUGGCCGUCUCUCCUCUCGCCACCGGUCGUUGGCUUCUCGUAUUCCUUCUAACUUUCCCAAAGCUUUGGUUCUCGUUCAAUAUAUCCAUCCAGUGACAUCCUGGUCGAAUGGGCUCGGCAAUCUGCCUGCUGCUCCAUCGCUAGGUCAACCAGAUAUCUUGAAGCUUGCAAAGUUAUGCGAAGAGCUCUUCAUCUGGGGACACCCGAUGGGCAUCAUUCAGAAUUUUUCUCAUCAUGUCUUUCCGGGAUUAGCGACCCGUGAAUUGCUUCAAGAUCUGUGUAAGCGACGAGGAUUGAUACAGGCUAAUGACUCCCAUCUAUCCCCGCACGCCGUUAUUUCCAAAGUCUGUGCUAUUCGCGCAAACCAGCGUGAGCGAUCGGGGUCAGAAAUCUUCGUGUCUCUUAUCAUCCCUCAUGCAAUCCUCACUCAGAUCACGUCUGUUCUUGACAUAACAUAUGAUACCGACAGUAGGGGCAUGUUGACUCCGUUCAUGAAAAAGCGUGAGGUUCAUGCAUGGCUCUCACGUAUAUUGGUGCUCCAUGCACAGCCGAACCUCUUGGAUGAUGCGAAUCAGACAGGCAAGCCUGUUAAAAGGCGCAAGUCUAUGAAGCCACAUCUCAAAAAAAUCGAACAUAUCGAAAACUCUAUUGCCUCGAGUUCAACCGACAUAGUAACUAGUCAUCAUGUCCAAGCAGAACACGCCCGUACUCCAUCCAUCUUAGAGAUAUCAAGCGAUGAGAGCGGCGAGGAGAUGACAGAAGCAACCCCAAGAAAGCGCCAGAAGCGUGCUGCUUCCCCCAAAUACCGCAUCGAGAUUCACCUCAAGGCAACUGGCGAGGUUUUGGAGUUGUGUAUGGACGAUGAGGGUGAAAUCUGA